CUUGCAAAAUCGUCGUAAAUAAUUACACGGGCCUUGCUGUUUCGUCGUAAAUUUACGAGGACUUUACGUCCCUAUGUAAUCUUAUAUAUACCCGCGAGAACCAGCCACUUCAUUUCGUCCCAAUUUCCUCUCCUACACCUCCCAAGGUUCUCUCUAAUCUCUCUCUAGAAUUAGGUGGUUUAGUUUAGUGAAUUUAGAUAGGUUUAUAGUUGAUUAGGUGGUUAGUGUAGAGAAUUUUGAUUAGUUUGAUUUCUUCUACUUGUUUUUUCUAACAAUCUGAAUUUUUUUCAGAUGGUUAGAAAGAACAAGCAGAAGAAAACCCCCCACUACAGUCAGAUGUUCUGUGGUGAUCCUGCUGCUGGAUCAUCAUCUUCCGCUCCCGGUUCCUCCAACCCGGAGAUUGUCCCGGAGUCUCAGUCACAGCCACCACCGGUUCCUCCAUCUGGUGCACCACCCCCACCUGCUGCACCUCAGGCGGUUCCAGAUCCGGUUGCACCCGGAUACAUUCAUCCGGAGUUGCGGGUGCCGCCGACCGCUCCUUUUGCUCGGUACACGGUUGAGGAUCUUCUCGCUCAACCAGGCCGAGCCGGUUUACCGGUUUUAGACCCCGACCGACCAGAGGGGACUCUGUGGUUUGGGGUCGACAAUUCUGUCGCUACGAGCGUAUCCGAUAUCAUCAAAGGAUACUUCUCAGAGGCUCACCCAAACUGGAAAAAGACGCCGCACCACGUUAGAAACACGUGGUUCAAGAUGUUUGCUCAAAGAUACCAGUGGUCCAUCGGGGUUCACGAGGACGUGAAACGGGAGUUCACCGCAAAGGCGAAGAAGCGGUUGUUGGACACCGUAGGCAACUGGAAGGAGGACUGGAUCUACAAGGGUUACAAGGACGGGCAACCCGCUGAGCUGACCAAGGAUGUCUACGAUGGUCUCAUCCGUUACUGGGAGCUGCCAUCAUCCAUUGCGAUCUCCAACGCCUGCUCUGCCUCUCGUAACAGCAAAGACGAGCACGGCAACGGCCCGAUGCUUCACUGUACGGGUCAAAAACCCCAUGCCCGUGUCCGCUUGGAAAUGGCCAAAGAGACGGGACAACUCCCGUCUCUUAAAGAGCUUUACGAGAGGACCCACAAGACCAAGGCGGGGGUAUUUGUGGAUCCGAGGUCCGAGCAAAUCUACAACGAUGUCGUUGCUCGGAUUGAAGACCGCCAAACCCAGCUGACCCAGCAAUCUUCCGAUGGAAUACCGGUCGUAUUAUCCACUCAAGAAGUGGAUCAGAUUUACGAGGAGGUCGUCCCUAAGAAAAAGGGACGUACGUUGGGAAUCGGUUCCGUCAACGAUGUCCCAAGAGCGACAUCGUCUUAUGGUCAGAGACGAGCCGACGAAGUCACUGAGCUGCGUUCGGAGUUACACUCGACGCGGACUCAGUUGGCGUCGACGCAGACGGAGUUGGAGUCUACGCGCCAAUCAUUCCAAGCUCGUAUGGGUGGAGUGGAGGGGUUUCUGGAAGUUAUAUCUUCUGGAAAUCCCCAAUGGGAGGAGUUGUUGGCGGAUAUGCGACGACGGAACCCGGUUCCCGAGCCUUCUCGUACUCAGCAGCAAGAGGAGGAACUACAGAGGAGGAGUGAAGACCUCUACCGGGAAACGAUCCACCGCCCCGGCCCGACUUAGUUUUUUUUUUUCUGUGUAAUAUUAAAAUUCUAAACUUUUAUUUAUAUAAUAUUUUCGGUUUUAAUUUAUUCCAAAUUUUUAAUAUUUUCGCAUUAGUUAUUAUUUAUAUUUCUAAUAUUUUUGAAAUAAUUAUUUUCUAUAAUAUAAAAUUUUAAAUUUUAAAAAUAAAUUAGUUUUAGAAAUCGAAGCAAAUUCCUCGUUAACUCACGAGGAAUUGACGAGUAAAUCGACGUGUA